AUGCUGGCUCCACCGGACAAACCUGUGGCCCGCAAAGACUUGGCCAAUGGGUCUACGGAAGACGACUUGAACCCUCAAAACCCAUUUGCAAACGUCAACGUUCGCUACUACGCACAGACUCCAUCGUUAGUGCCCGUGUACGUCUUGGACAGGCUUCUGGAAGCCCAUUACAAAGAACUGCAACAAAAUUCCAAUGUCAACGUCAACCAGAGCGAAACUGGAGCCUCGUUGCGCACCCACACAACUAAACGAGUUGACGAGCAACAGUACUCGUCGUUUUCCAACGAUACCUUCAUCAAAGCAAUCAACAACAACUGGCGAGACUUGAUGGUGACCGUCAAAGAGCCAUGUCUGUACACGCCAGAUCAGUUAGAGAAGAUCGAAUUGCCUGGCCGCUACGAUACGCCGUGGGGUGGUGACGAGAGACUACGGCUGGCGUUGGUAGGUCAAACAGCAUACGAUCACUCCACCGACUCGGACCGAAACGUCGGAUUCUGGGCCCGAAUGUUUUCGAAGCGGUCCCGUCAUCCAGACGAUCUGCCUCGUGUGCGUAGUAAGGCGGGCUACUGGAUGCUGGAUGAAAAACGGAAGGAUUUGGCUCCAACUCUUAGACGUAUCUUGGUGCAUAGUCCACUCUUCCCAUUGCUCAUGAGAAUCCUCAUCUUGAUGUUUUCUUCAUGUGCUUUGGCAUUGGCAGCGUCCAUCUAUGUCUAUUCCAAGCGGAAAUACGACGACUCCGAUUUGGCACAACAGCCGUCCACCAUCUUUGCCAUAGUAGUGCAAUGCUGUGCCAUUGUGUAUGUGAUUUACAUUGCUUACGACGAGUAUACUGGAAAACCGCUCGGUUUACGUAACCCACUCGGCAAGAUGAAACUAAUCAUGUUGGACCUUCUUUUUAUCAUUUGCAUGUCUGCCAACUUAUCGCUAACUUUCUAUUCUUUGUAUGACGACGAAUGGGUAUGCACUAGCAACAACACCGAACCGCUUCAGGCUUUGGGCAUUUACUACCCGACAGUGAACUUCUUGUGCCGGCGGCAGAGGGCGUUGGCCUCGUUCCUCUUUUUGGUUCUUUGUCUCUGGGUGGUGGUGUUUACGGUUUCGAUCAUCCGAGUAGUAGACCGAGUGAGCAUUAGUCCACGUAGAAUUUAA